CAGGGGGCAUGGCUACCAGCGACAGCGUUCGCCUCAGAAGCGAAUUAGAGGCGCUAACGAGGUCUGUCGGUGGCCCUAUCAAGCCAGGAAAAGUAUUCAAAGGACAGAGGAGUAAGCCAUCUGCGAACAACUGUACUAUUCCGAGCAGAUACCAGACGAUUGUCUACGAGAACACCGAAAAGAAAGGAUUCACGACGAAAGCCCCACGAUUUGACGAUUACCUCAAUGUGAAUGAAAAUCCGGGUCCUGGCUCGUACAGAGUGCCGAAAGAAGCGAUGAAGCAGAAGGAUGAGUCAUCGUUGUCUAGGAGAGGAACAGGCAGCUUUGCGUCGAAGGGAAGACGUUUUCCAAGGUUGAAGACACAACACGGUUUAGCUCCAGGGACGUAUAAUGUUUGCUCGCUUGUUCAUCCAGACUACAACAAGGCGGGCGUUACCAGAAACUUUCACCAGCCUGUAGCUGUGGCACACGAAAAACCCGACUUUGGGCCAGCGCCUAAUACAUACAAUGUAGACAAGCCUCAUACAAUGGGUCACACUGUAGGAGCGUGUGCUGCAUUUAAGUCCAGGACAACCAGGAAUUCAGUAGACAUUCCUCAAGUUGCCUAUCCAUCACCUUGUCAUUAUAUUAUUAACGACGAACUAAUGCAUCGGUCACCCUGCAACCAAACGACUAGCUUUAAAUCAACGACAACGCGGGAGGUAUUUUCACCAGUUCCAGAGAAACCAGGGCCAGGAGCAUACAAUCCCUUCGCAGUAACCCAUCACACAUGCAGGAAGCCACUACCACGGAAACAUUACUUGUGUCUGUCUGCUCCUGCAAUGCCUCUUCCUAUCCCUCCUCCUGCUCCUGGACCAGGCCAUUAUGAUGUGGUUGACUACGAAGGUCCUCCUAAACAGUUUAUUGGUGGUGCAGUAUUUCGUUCAACGACAAGUCGGUGGAAUGCUGAAAUGAAGAAAGAUGUCAUUCCUGGCCCAGGAAAAUAUCGACCUUCAAAUUUAGGAAAACAAUCCUUUAUUUUCAAUACUGCUGGCAGAUGGUUGUAGUAUUGAUAGUUGGCUGUACAGUACUAGUAGAUAUAUCUAUUGAGAUACGUCAUCAUACAAAAAUUGUUCUAGCAAUGGCCUGCAUAACCAU